AGUUAAGGUUAAUUCUUGGAUUAAUGUUUAAUGUCCUAUAUUUGUGUCUCUUACAGCAUUGUGAUGAGUCGGUCUACAGGGAUGAUGGAGAACAGCAACCCGAUUCAGGUGCCAGAAGCAGCGGAUGCAGCAACAAGAACACGGGAUUCAGUGACGAGGAAAGUGACAGCAGCAUUGAGGACUCUGUAGGAAGUGAAGACAACACUGGAAGCAGCAGUGAGGAAGAGAACAUGGAAUGGAGUGAAGAAGACAUUCACUUUGAAGGGACAGAGGAAGAGAUGGCACAUGGAGAGGGCAGUGACAAAAGCAAUGUAGACGAUGCUCAGUACUCUUGGUUUACGUAUUUCAUCCUUCAGCUUACUAUGUGGAAGUCACAUUUUACAAUUUCAGAUAACGCAUACAUUGCACUGUUAGAUCUGCUUAGGUCAUUUCUUUUUACAGUUGGAAGCAUUUUCAGACUUGAUAUAUUGAAAAAUUUGGCUGAAAGAGUUCCUUCAACCAUGUAUAUGGUCAGAAAAAUACUUUCACUCAAAAAAGAUGACUUCACUCACUAUGUGGCAUGCCCAGUUUGUAACGAAGUAUACACACUUGAGGAGGCAACAAUAAUUGUAAAAGAUGGACGAGGCAUAAGAAAAAAAUCAGCAAGAUGUAGUCAUGUUACUUUCCGAAAGCAUGCUCAAAAGCGUCAUCGGAAGGAAUGUGGAACCUUGCUUUUGAAAACAGUCACUGGAAAAAAAGGGUUAACAUAUUUACACCCUAAACGCAGCUUUUGCUACAGAAAUGUUACAAAGAGUUUGCAGGACUUAGUACAUAGACCAGGUUUUAAUGAAUCCUGUGAGAAGUGGAGACAACGGGAUAUGUCAGACAAUAUAUAUGCUGAUGUGUAUGAUGGAAAGGUUUGGAAAGACUUUCAGUCUUAUAAUGGCAAGCCAUUCCUCUCUGAAGCACGUAAUCUAGGUCUCAUGCUUAAUGUGGACUGGUUUCAGCCCUAUGACAGAGUUAAAGAUUCCAUAGGUGUUAUGUACCUAGUUGUAAUGAAUCUGCCUCGUGAGGAGAGAUUUAAACAGGAGAAUAUUAUCAUUGCAGGAAUCAUUCCUGGCCCACGUGAGCCCAAAGAGCAUAUUAAUCCUUACUUGGGACCUCUUGUCAGUGACCUUUAUGAUCUGUGGAAGGGGGUUUACUUGUUAGACUCUUCUGCUUUAGGAAAGCAACAAUACAGAGCUGCUCUACUGUGUUUGUCAAGCGAUAUUCCAGCAUCUCGCAAGACCGGAGGAUUUCUAGGCCACAUGGGUUUCCCCUGGGGUGGUAAGGUGAAGUUCUGA